AUGGCAGAAGUGGGCUGGGUGGGUCAGAGUGCCUCUCGAGGAUUCUUGCAGGGGCAGCAGCAGGCUUCUGUCUCUCCUAAGCGUCUGGGCCCCACCAAGGCAUUGCCCCCGGUCCGUCCUUUGAGCCCCUCACUCUUGAGCAGGGAGGGUGGGGGGCGCUGCGGAGGGAGCUGUGUGUUCCCGGCGCAAAAUAGACUCCCGUUGCCAUGGCGACGCGAGCGCGGCCUCGAGACGCAGGCUUCGGGCUGGGUGUGCGGAGGGGACACCUGGAUCCGGAAGGCGGGGGCCGGGGCUCCGACGCCCGUGUCCCAAAGGGCUCCGGAGGAUGACUGGGACUCCCAGGUCCCCGGGGAGGGGGCUGCAGAAUUCUGCGUCUUGGGCGAGUACGAACCACUGAGCGAGCAGCAACUGUCCAUCCCAUCGAUCCAUUCAUUCAUACACUUGUCCUUGCCUCCCUAUUAUUCCCCCCCCCCCGCAUUUCCCCCGUGCCUCAGUUUCCCCCUGCUCACCAGGUACGGAUGCGCUCACCUCACUUUCCGGAUGCGGGACCCUCGGGGAAUAAUCGGGGGUGGCAGCGUGGGGGCCAGCCAAGGGAGGCAGCGCGAGCGCGUGUCUGCCAGCCAGCGGGGCUGGGCGCGCGCGCGCCGAUGGGGGUGGGGGCGGCAGGCAGCGUGGCGGGGACCCUGGCCGGCAGCUCUUUCUCGUGCAGAUGCGCACCGGCCCCAGUGCAGAUGUGGCCGCCGCCAGCCCUCGCCUGUGUCUCGGCUCCGGCUUUGA